UGUGCUCUCCAGUAGCUCCACAGCUGCAAAGGGAGGCUGACUGGAGGGGGGAGAGAAAACAUGGCGACCGGGUAUGCGUGGUUCCUUGUGCUGGGGUCGGUUUUUCUGUGCAAUCUCAUGAAAACACUCCUGCCGACCAUAUCCUCUGUCCUCUCAAAGAUGGUGCAGAAAGAUGCUGAGCAGGAGAGUGAGAUGAGGGCUGAAAUCCAGGAGAUGAAGAAGGAGCAGUCCUCCAUUAGCAUGAUGGAUGAGUUUGCAAGAUAUGCCAGGCUGGAGCGCAAAAUCAACAAGAUGACAGACAGGCUGAAAACACACGUGAAAUCAAGAACAGCACAACAAGCCAAAAUGAAAUGGGUUGUGAACAUUGUCUUUUACAUACUACAGGCUGCACUGAUGAUCUCCUUAAUAUGGAAGUAUUACUCUGAUCCAGUGACAGUGGUUCCCAGUAGAUGGAUUGCCCCUGUGGAGCGCCUUGUGGCAUUCCCGACAGGAGUGGCAGGUGGAGUGGGAAUCACAUGUUGGUUGGUGGUUUGCAACAAAGUAGUUACACUCGGUCUCCAUGCCGUCAGCUAGAGAUUAAAGCUGUGAUCACAAACAGUAAACACAUUGUUCUCCUCACGUACUGCUCAAAAUUGUGUUGAUGAAAGCUACAGUUUUGUUCCGUUAAUUUAUUUUGUCAGCUGCUCCAGGUCAACUUGUAGAAAUGCAGUGCAUUUUGAUGCUGGCCGUCUCAUUCUGCAACAUAAUAAUUUGGUGUUGUUGAAUUUUGUUGGGAUCAUUUUGUUGAUUUUAUUUUUUUGUUAAUUAAGUUAAUUGUGAGAAUGUUUUGACUGUAUAUGAGUUGGAAAUACUGAAAUGCCUUUUCAAUAAAAGAUAAAAGAAAAGCUUG